AACUUAACACAAAGUAAAAACUCCCAAAAUCCUUAGGCCUUAUGAAGCCUUCUAAAACUUUCUAACUAUAAUUCUUUUAAUCGAUCGAGACUCGUCAUCAUUGAUUCAACCAAUCCAACAACAACAACAACAACAUUACCAGCAACAAAAAAACCAUCAAAUAUGGCAACUUUAACUACGAUCAUCGUGAUUCUAACAAUUUUGACUCUAACAUUGACAUUCUUUGUCGUCGAUGCUAAACAAAAGAAACAAAAACUUCAAGUACCUUUUCCAAUCUAUGGAGGAGGUCUAGCAACAGCAAAGCCUGAUUUUACCACAAAUUCAGUUGGACAAUGGGAGAUACUUUCUGAAAAUUCAGGUGUUUCUGCCAUGCAGGUUAAUUUGAUGCCAACCAACAAGAUUGUUGUUUAUGAUGCAACGAUUUAUCGUCUCUCUAGACUUAAAUAUCAGAAAGGAGUACCGUGUGUUCCUUUCAAAGAUGAUAGGACUCUACAAAAUAAAAUUGAUUGUUAUGCUCAUUCUAUGGAAUAUGAUAUUGAAACAAAUUUAGUUAGGCCACUCAAGGUGACACAAGAUCCAUGGUGCUCAUGUGGAGGUCUUGCACCUGAUGGAACCCUAAUAAGUGCUGGUGGUUUUCAAGAUGGAACAAGAACCAUUAGACACAUUGGUGGUCCUGCUUGCAAAGGCAAUGAUUGUGAUUGGAGAGAAUAUAAGAAUACAUUGCAAGAGGAUAGAUGGUAUGGAACUCAAACAAUCCUUGCUGAUGGAAGCUUCAUUAUAGUAGGAGGACGUAGAUCAUUUAGCUAUGAGUACCUUCCAAAACAAGAAGGCCUAAAAACUGAAAAAGUCUACUUCUUCCCAUUCCUCUAUGAAACUUCAGACAUUGAUGAAAACAAUCUUUAUCCAUUCACUCAUCUCACACCUGAUGGUAACCUCUUCAUCUUCUCCAACAACCGCUCUCUUCUCCUUAACCCUAAAACCAACAAAGUUGUUCGGACCUAUCCCGUCCUCCCCGGAGGUGCCCGGAAUUAUCCGGCUUCCGGUACUUCUGCCCUCCUUCCUAUAGAUCUAUCUCUCCAAGACAAUAUGGGUCCUUACAAAGCAGAAGUCAUUAUUUGUGGUGGUAACUCUCACGACGCUUUCUAUAUUGCCGAAACAAAGAAAGCAUUCAAUCCUUGUCUCAAAGAUUGUAACAGGAUGGUAAUCACUGAUAAAGUCCCGAAAUGGGAAACCGAACAAAUGCCUUCAAGUAGAACAAUGGGAGAUUGUCUAAACCUUCCUAAUGGACAACUUUUGUUUAUCAAUGGUGCACAAAAAGGAACAGCUGGAUGGUGGGAUGCUGAUUCACCAAACCUAAUUCCAGCAUUGUAUUAUCCAGAAGAAAAGAAUGGUGAGAGGUUCAAGCAAAUGGCUCCAACAAAAAUAUCAAGAAUGUAUCAUUCAACAUCAGCAGUGUUACCUAAUGGAAAAAUUUGGGUAGCUGGAAGUAACACUCAUGAUACAUACAAAGAUGUAGAUAAGUUCCCAACUGAGACAAGAGUUGAAGGCUUUUCUCCUCCUUAUUUGGAUCCAGCUCUUGACAAGCAUAGACCAACAAUUGUUUCAGAAUUUACAGGAAAAAAUUUGAAGUAUGGUCAUAAAUUUGAGAUACAAUUUAAAAUGCCGAAAGAUCCGGCUAACAAUGACUUGAAUAAGGGUGAUAUUAAGGUUACUAUGUAUUUCCCACCUUUUACUACUCAUGGAUAUAGUAUGAGCCAAAGGCUUUUAAUGCUCAAUCUUAGGUCUAUGUCUACAGAUCGCCAAGGACUUUAUAGUAUUAUGGCGUUGGCGCCGCCUUCUGGUGAAAUUGCUCCUCCCGGAUACUAUUUGCUCUAUGUUGUUCAUCGCAGCGUGCCUAGCGAGGGAAUAUGGGUCCACAUCGAGUAGGGCUCUCAGAGUGAAAAGAUUAUACAUAGUACAAUGGAGAGUCGUCAGAUUUAAGAGAAAAAUUUUAAUUUUUUUCUCUCGUUAAUCUAAUGAUUCUCUAUUGUGGUAUCUUAAGCAUGUGAUAUUCAGUCAAUUUGUGCAUACUAACAAAUAGGGUUUGUUAGUAGUUUUGGAUUAUUCAUGUAUACUUUUAUGUAGUUGAAUUGUAGUUGAAGUUUUAUGUACAAAAUAAGGAGGGAAAUAGUGAUGUUAUUAUUAGUAAUGUAAAAGUUAACUUGUUGCACAAGAUUUAGUUUUUGUGUAAUGUAAAUAAUGUAAAUUGUAUUGCAAGAAAGCAUAGAUGAAAUUUUUUCCUACAAA